GCCACAUUUUAUGACCGGCCAGUGAGCAGUGCAGUGGUUUAUAACUUUUUAAUUUUUACCGGCCAGUAACUUACGCGUUUUUAUUUUAUUUUAAACGGCCAGUGACUUACUUAUUUUUUUUAAAUUCUUAGUAGCCAGUAUUUUUCUUAAUUCAAAAUAGUCAAUUAAGUGUGUUGUUUUUGUGUUCGGUUGAAUGUUUCGUGAUGUAUUCUCGGAUUUUCUGGAUUCUGGUGUUUGUGGUGUGUACUGAUGCGUUGGAAAUUGAUGGAGAUGGAGUUUGUGUGAAUCCGGGGACGAGGCCAGGAGAUGAGGACCAUCUAAUGUGCUGCCCUCAGUACAUUUGGGACGAUGAGGCAGACGUAUGCGUACCAGACUGCGAACACGGAUGCGUAAACGGGAUAUGUAUAAAACCAAACCAAUGUGUGUGCGCACCGCCUAUGAUCCUCCACAACAGCUCCACCCCCAACACUUGCAAACUCCCCGUCUGUGACCAGUCUUGUACCAACGGAAACUGCACAGCCGACAACCAAUGUACCUGUUAUAAAGGACACAAACCAAUAGAUUUACAUACCUGUGUCCCUCACUGUACCAACUGCUCCAACGGUGAUUGCGUCAGUCCAAAUGUCUGCAAAUGUCAUAAAGGGUACACUAAAAUUGAUGGUCAAUGUAAGCCUCAGUGCAAAAGUGAUUGCCGAAAUGGUUAUUGCUCAGAACCUGAUAAAUGCACUUGUUAUCAUGGAUAUGAACCAAAAGGUGAUAAAUGCGAGCCUGUCUGUGAAAAAUCUUGCCAAAAUGGCGAAUGUAUAGCACCGAACACUUGUGAAUGUAAACUUGGAUACGAAUCAAAUAAUGGGCAUAAAGAAAUAUGCAUACCUAAAUGCAGUAGUGGUUGUUCCAAUGGAUACUGCUUAGAACCCGAAAAAUGCGCCUGUAAUCAUGGAUAUGAAUUAAAAGAUAAUGUAUGUCAGCCUGUAUGUAAGAAAUCUUGCCAAAAUGGCAACUGCAUAGCACCGAAUAAAUGUGAAUGUAAAGAAGGAUUUGAACCUAAGAAUGGACAUAAUGAAAUAUGUAUACCUAAAUGUAACAGUGGUUGCAGUAAUGGAUACUGCACAGAACCUAACAAGUGUACAUGUAAAGAAGGAUAUGAACCUAAAAAUGGGAAUACAGAAACAUGCAUACCUAAAUGCAGUAGCGAUUGUAAACAUGGAUAUUGUUCUGAACCUGGUAAAUGCAGUUGUAAUGAUGGAUAUGCAUUAAAAGAUGGUAACUGUCAGCCUGUUUGUAAAAAACCUUGUAAAAAUGGCUUCUGUGUCGGACCAAACACCUGUGAAUGUAAUAAGGGAUAUGAACCUAAAAAUGGACAUAAAGAAACUUGCAUACCCAAAUGCAGUAACGACUGUACAAACGGGUAUUGCUCAGAACCUAAUAAAUGCACUUGUAAGGAAGGAUACAAAUUGAAUGGCAACAAAUGUGAGCCAGUUUGUAAAGAACCGUGUCAUAAUGGUAAUUGUGUAGCACCAAAUACAUGCAAAUGUUUGAAAGGCUUUGAGAAAUCCAAAGAUACAUGCUUGCCUAAAUGCGAUUUGUGUGCCAACGGAGUCUGCAUAGCUCCAAACAAAUGUGAAUGCAGCAAAGGUUACACGCACACAGAUAAAGGUUGCGUCCCGACAUGCGAGAAAUCUUGCGUUAACGGGUAUUGCUCCGGUCCGAAUGAAUGCCGCUGCAAUUCAGGAUUCACUCAAGAUGCAUUAGAUUCUUUCGUCUGUAACAAUAAUUGCGGUCCUGACAUGGAUUUAAUCAACGGAACCUGUGUUUCGUCUCUUCCAUCAAGCCCGGAAAUGUCAUCUAGAAAUACGACUACUACGGGGUAAAACUCCUUGCUUUAUUU